GCGCGACCCACCCAGCCACAGCGGCAGACAGUAGUAGUUCGCUGCGCUAUCCGUGAUACACGACGAGUGAAUAUCGUGCGUCGCACAAAACCGUACGGCAAUAUCGUCCCGUCCCGUAUCUCUCGAUAUCGUUCACGCACAUCGUUCUCCUUCUCGUCGUAGGGAAGAGAGGAGAUAGGGAGAUUUCCGCGGGAUUUGUGGAGAAUUCGCCGAGUUUCUUCGGGCAUUCUCAACGAGAACGUGGGACUGUAGGCGGGCCGGGAAGAGGAAGAAGAGAUGAAAGGGAUGCUGGCGCUGGCCGCACUGCUCGGCGUCCUGUCAGUCUGCCGGGUGCAGGCGGUGUCAGAGAGGCUUGAAUUGGCACCAGCUGGUGGAAGAUCAGAGCCGCAGGUCGCUACCUUGUGCGAACCUGGCGAGGUGUACCUUGCUCAGCAUAUGGGAGAGCAGGGUCGAUGGGUCUCUUCGACCGAUAAGAAGAGCUGCAUGACGGAUAAGCUCGAGAUCCUGGAGUAUUGUAAGAAGGCUUACCCGAAGAGAGAUAUCACCAACAUUGUCGAGUCGUCGCACUACGUCAGAGUCGGCGGAUGGUGCAAGCCUGGAAGGAACAAGUGCAAACUUUCGCGAUGGGUCAAACCUUACAGAUGUCUGGAGGGGCCCUUCCAGAGCGACGCACUUCUCGUGCCGGAGGGCUGUCUCUUUGAUCAUCUUCAUAAUCAAACAAAAUGCUGGGAUUCUCACAGUUGGAACACCACGGCGGCGGAGACCUGUCGGGAGCGAAACAUGAAUCUGCGUAGCUUCGCGAUGUUGCUCCCGUGCGGUAUAUCCCUGUUCUCCGGUGUGGAAUUUGUAUGCUGCCCGAAACACCUGAAAGAGAACGUGAAAGUGAAAAAACCGAUCGAUUUGCCCAUCCCGAAGAGCAUGGACGACGAUCUCGACGAGGACGAGGAUGAUCUCGAUGACGAAGAUGAUCUGGACACAGACGCUGAGGACGAGGAUAACUCCGACGGUGAUCUCGACGACGUGCUUAGCGAUCAACCCGAUGAGGACGAAAGUGAAGAGGAAUACGACGAUCUCGACGAUUACGACACGACCACCAGUCGAUCAUCAACGACCGUUUCCACGACGGAAAAAGCCAAGCAGGAGGCGACGGCGAUGCCGCUGCCGAUCAGCACGAGCACGCAGCAGCCAUCCCAACCACAAGGCACGCCCGAUCCUUAUCUGACGCACUUCGAUCCGCGAUCCGAGCAUCAGAGUUACAAGCAGGCUCAGAUGCGACUCGAGGAAGUGCACAAGGAGAAAGUGACGAAAGUGAUGAAGGAUUGGAGUGACCUCGAGGAGAGAUAUCAGGACAUCAGGGCCCACGAUCCCGUCGCCGCGGAUGCUUUCAAGCGUUGGAUGACGGCGCGAUUCCAAGAGACAGUUGCCGCGCUCGAGGAGAGCGGCGCCGCGGAGAAGCAUCAGUUAAGCGCGAUGCAUCAACAGAGAGUGCAAGAGGCUGUUAAACAGAGAAACGAAGAAGCCAUGGCAUGUUAUACGGCGGCACUUAACGAAACGCCACCGAAUAUGCACCGCAUUCAAAAAUGCUUGCAAAAAUUACUCAGAGCCCUUCACAAAGACAGGCACCAUACAAUCGCUCAUUACAAGCAUCUUCUCGACAGCAGCUUAGAACAAGCGCAACGAGAGAAACCGGCAACUUUGGAACAUCUGGCGGAAAUCGAUAGGAUUACCAAUCAGAGCCUCUUGAUGUUGGAACGAUAUCCAGAUCUAAGCGCGAAGAUUGGCCGUCUCAUGGACGAUUACGUUUUGGCCCUCAGGAGUAAAGAUGAAACUCCGGGAUUGCUGUUGGCGAUGACGCGGGAAGCAGAGGCAGCCAUUCUAGACAAGUACCAGGCUGAUGUUGCCAGCAAGCAGCAAGAGAAGGAACAUCAGAAGCAACUCGAACGGGCGCGCAAAGAGCAACGUAAGGCGGAACGCGGCGAGCUGCGUACAGAGCAGGAACAACAUGAAGAAAACGACUCGGCAAUUGAUACCAAGGAUAUUCCUCAGCAGUCAGAGCAAACCGUCGCGGUCGCUGCCAUGCAUAACGAGGGAGUAGUCAGAGCAGCUCACAGUAUGACUCAUGAUGUCUCUCAUUCUGAACCAGGUUACUCUGUAAGGCGAGAGGUGUACCACAGAGAAAGUCGAUCCGUCUAUUUCACACUUGCAUUCGCUGGCAUAGCACUUAUGGCGGCUGCAGUUGUGGGCGUCGCAGUAUUUAAGAGACGCAGUGCGAGAAGUCCUCAUAGCCAGGGUUUCAUUGAAGUCGAUCAAGCAGCUACGCCGGAAGAACGGCACGUCGCGAAUAUGCAGAUCAACGGUUACGAGAAUCCUACAUACAAAUACUUCGAGGUGAAGGAAUAAUUCGGCUGUCGCCUCACAGUUUUCAUUUCUGAAGCUGGUCGCAAUCGCGUAUUCGUUCUCGCGUAUUUCCUUCAAGAAUCUCAUAGUAUUUUGUUAGAGUAAGAUAUAUAAAUAAUAUGUAUAUCUCUAACCCCCCGCGAGAUUCUUCCGAAGAUCCGGAACAUGUAUAUUUCCCGGAGAUGCGCUAAUCCAGAAAACGCGUUUCUUAAUCGGCAGAUCGCGCUUGCGACGAGACAUUGCGCGUAUAUCGCGUCCACUUGUUACAUACCCCGGCUCCACGUCGCGGUGUAAAUCGAUUUUCGCAAAGAAUUGACAAUAUCUGUAAAAUAAAGUUUGUAGCAGGGAUACACGCUGGAUGGGAACGAAACGGAUUCUACGGGAGAUAAAAUGACGUAGAAUUUACACUUAUGUGCCAUACGAACACGAGUGUUACACGCUAUCUUCGGAAGUAUCUCAUGCACAUAUUGUUUUCACGUUAUGUUGUCAUAUACAUGUCGGUAUAAAAACGCAGGAAGGAGCGCUCGUGUUGUGUAAAAGUAGAAAACGCCAUUUUUAGACUUACCUCGAUGUUCCUUCGCCUCUACACGUUGUGCACUCGAAUUGGAAGCUCCGCGGAUCGACGUUGAUCGUAACUGAUCACUCUCACUCCUUGGGGACGAACGUUCGAAUGACGAUAGAACGUGCGUUUACACGGACAAUGUAAACGUCGGUAAACGCGUUGUCGUUGCGCUCUUUCCUGUAUUUUUAGGUUCUGAUAUUUUCGGAGAUAAUCAAAAUGGCAAUAAAACAUAACGCAGCUUAAGCACUACACGAAAAAAAGCGAUAGCGUUUGUAGUAGCUUGUUACUGGGAGCAGCAUAUAGACGUAAAUACUCCGAUUAAUCGCGUAAUCAUUAACGUUAUGCUAAAAUAAUCAAGCGCGAGCGAGCUACGCGGCACUCUUAAAAUAUCAGAACAUACGCCCCAUGUUAUCGUUGCACAUUUCACUCUUACCUUCGUGAUGCAGCUGUUUUAUUCUCUCCGUCUCCGUUCGAUUCCCACUGCCUCGUUUUCUCUCGGUGACCUUUUUCAGUACUUAACGUCUACUUUUAGAUGAUAAAGAACCUUAAGAUGUAAGGAAAUUAAGUAUCAUUGACGUAUAUCUCGAAGUUAAUGGCGAUGAUGAGGAAGCAAGCAUUCUAUCAUUCCACGCGAAAACCCAUUGUUUUGUCGAGGUGCUGAGAACGCUAGCAUGGAGAAUGUUCGGCAGCUUCGUUCGAUCUCGCCGACGAGAAACGACGAUCGUCGCAUCGGACAGAUCAUGCCGAUGCUGUCGAAUAAGAGGAACAGUUCAACCGGAGAUCAUUUUCGAGUGGCAUUAGUACCUCUGACUAUGUUAGGUCGAAAAAGAAAAAGAGUGUGGCAGCUGUUGAGGUAAGCGUUUCUCUUUCGUUUCCGCGUUUUGCGUUCUCGGGAAAAAAAAAAAAGGGAAAAAAGAUCGUUAAUACAAUAACUAUCUUAGGAUAUAUUACUAAUUAUAUACGACGCGCGAGACGACGAUGAUGAUAUAAUAUAUAUUACACGUUUAAUGCUUAUAUAUUUGUAUAUGGUCAAACGAAAAAAAAAAAAAAUGGUAGUAGCCCGCACUUUAGCGCCAGGGUCGCGUGGGGAGAAGAAAGCACAUACAGUUCUUGAUUUUUUUUUUUCUUCAUCUCGGAACCACGUUAGAUAGUUACGCGCUUUCGUCGAACUUAUUUGGUAAAAAAGAGCUUGCGAUACGAUGCGGUGCAUUCAACGCCGGCGCAUGCAGACGCGCUGCCACAAUCUACAGAGCCAUUACCGUCCAUUAGUGGUUGUGGUAAUGUGGUAACAUGUAAUCACACACACCACAGAAGUCUUAAAGACAUCUAAAAAAACACGUAAUAAAAAGUCACGACGUCUUUAUAAUGUCUGAGAGAUUAAGAUAUCUCUACGUAGUCUAUGAAAGAUUGCGAUGUAUUUUUAAACGUCUAAGAGAUUAGAACGUUUUUUUUUUCUUUUUAGUCGUCUUUAUGACGUCUAUCCUAUGGCGGGGGCACGAUAAGAGCGUAAGCAUAGUUAUCGUUAGUGUACCGUAUUGUACCUUGAGGCAUUCGGGUCGGUCGAUCGCCCCGACGUAAUCUCGAUAUAUCCAAUAAUAUAAGGGACGGAUUCAGCUCGACGACGCGCGAUGAUUACUAUUAUCUUGGUAAAUAGCAAUUAAAAGUCGCGUUCUGUAUUCUGUAUUCUUAUGUGAAAUGCCCCACACGAAUGUCCAUGCAUAAGUACAUACAUUCCCGAUUACGUGCUAAGAUAAUCCUCUCCUUCAAUUGCGCUCACUUUACUACGAUUGUGUCGCGCGACACAUACGAUAAUCGCCCGCGAUCAGAGGGCGAUUAAAAAAAAAAAAAAAAGAAAUCCUUUAGA